UUGGACGCAGGUCAUAUAUGUGUGCGUACUGUACGCGGUGGAGGACGUCGCUCGGUGUAUCCAUAAAAGGGGGGCGAUGAAUAAUGUUUAGACACUAGUUCGUUAUGCGCCUCGGACUCCUCGGACCAGCCAGGCGUCCCCGUCGCGAGCCGGGUCAACGUGUGCUAGACUGAAACAGUUAUUUUAGUUGUGGUUGUCCCCCCGGCGUCGUUUAGUGCGGCAGAAGCACGAGCGCCUUUUUACCUCGUGGGAAUACUCCGUGUCAUUUUUUUGUUUUUGUUUGUUUCUAUACCGUAUUACGACCGAGGGAGGCCGUGAGACGUUACGACAUGACCGUGGGAACCGAGUAGAAGUUUUUUUUUUUUGGUCUCUCUCUCUCUCUCUCUCUCUCUCGGGAACCUAAAGAAAACACCUGACUCUCCGUCUCUCCGUCCGUGCGCGCCCCCGCCCCCUCCCCUCUUCGCCGGCAUGACCCUCGGCGCGGUGUCCGGAUCCGACGGCUCGUCGGCGGUCAGCGUCUGCUCGUGCUGCGGGGCCAAGAUGGUGCCCUGCUUCGGCGACGACGCGGCGGUGUCCAAAAAUCAGAUCAACCAGCUUAUCAGUGAGAGUUUCCUCACCGUAAAAGGCGCGGCCCUGUUCCUUCCCAGGGGGAACAGCCCCACGCCGAACUCUGCACCUCACAUGAACCAACGCAGGAACAAGCACACAGGUGACCUCCAGCAACAUCUUCAGACCAUGUUCACUGUGCUGCGGUCGGAGGACACCAUCCGACUGGCUGUGCGUCUGGAGAGCGCCUACCCUCAGGUAACCCGCUACAUGGUGGUGGUCUCCACCAAUGGAAGGCAGGACACGGAGGAGAGCAUCGUGCUCGGAGUGGACUUUGUCUCCUCUGAUAGCUGCACAGUGGGUCUGGUUCUGCCUCUCUGGAGUGACACUUUGAUCCACCUGGAUGGAGACGGUGGUUUUAGUGUUUCGACGGUGAACAGGGUUCAUGUUUUCAAGCCAGUUUCGGUCCAGGCCAUGUGGUCAGCCCUCCAGUCGCUCCACAAAGCGUGCGAUGUGGCCCGCUGCCACAACCACUACCCGGGCAGCCUGUUCCUGACCUGGGUCAGCUACUACCAGAGCAGGGUCUCGUCCAACCAGGUCUGCGUCAACGAGUGGAACGCCAUGCAGGACGUCGAGUCGCACCGUGCCAAUUCACCCGUUCUCUUCACAGACCUGCCCACAGAGAGGGAGCGCACAGAGAGGCUGAUCAAGAUGCGCCUCAGAGAGAUCAUGAUGCAGAAAGACCUGGAGAACGUCACCUGUAAGGAGAUCCGAACGGAGCUGGAGAUGCAGAUGGUUUGUAACCUGAGGGAGUUUAAGGAGUUCAUAGACAACGAGAUGAUCCUCAUCCUGGGGCAGAUGGACAGCCCCACCGAAAUCUUUGAACACGUCUAUCUGGGCUCUGAGUGGAAUGCCUCGAAUCUGGAGGAGCUGCAGAACAGCGGAGUGCUCUACAUCCUGAACGUGACCAGGGAGAUAGACAACUUCUUCCCGGAGAUGUUUCAGUACCACAACAUCCGAGUGUACGACGAAGAGGCCACCAACCUGCUGGAGUACUGGAACGAGACCUUCAAGUUCAUCACCAAAGCCAAGAAAGCUGGUGCCAAGUGUCUGGUUCACUGUAAAAUGGGUGUGAGUCGCUCCGCCUCCACGGUGAUCGCCUACGCCAUGAAGGAGUACGGCUGGGACCUGGACACGGCCUUUGACCACGUCAAAGAGAGACGGGCCGUCACCAAGCCAAACCCUUCCUUCAUGAAACAGCUGGAGGAGUAUCAGGGGAUUCUGCUGGCCAGCAAACAGAGGCAUAAUAAGCUGUGGCGCUCGCACUCUGACGGUGACCUGUCGGAUCGCCCGGAGUCCAUGUGCAAAGCCUCGUCUCGCUCUCUGGGCCGCUCCAACUCUCACAACAACAACAGCACGUCCUCCCCCUCCUUGCAUCACUUCCUGGGUGUGGCCGUGCUGCACGCCCUCGGUGCUGGGCCCGAAGACUCUGCCGAGGCGAACGGCUCGCACGCGGACUCCGACUCGCACGCGGACUCCGACGGUGUGUGUGACUCUCCGGAUCCGGAGGAGGUCGGAUCGGGUUGCGGAGACCCCCGCCUGCUUCCCCUCCCCAGACCCCGAGCAGCCACCGUCGUCCCCGAGGAGAGGCUGGACAAUUCAACCAGCGUGGCUGUCACUGUGCCUGCUGCUUUAACCCACCCUCCACCAUCACUCCACAUCUUGCCCCCCACUCCAGAACUCCAUCGUGCCCACCGGGCCCCUCCCACACAUCUGUCCAUCUCAGUGCCCAAACCGUUGGAACUGUCACUGAAUUUGCCUGAGCGAAGCAGCUCAGAAGAAACCUCUACUCUCACUCUGGGCUCCGCUGACUCGGACAUACUAGACCAAUCGUUAUCGGACGUUACAAGUGACAAACGGAGCCCCCUCAGCCCUGCGAACAUCACCACCCUCUCCCUGGCUCUUCCACUCGCCGCCAGCGACAACAACAACAACCCCAGCGAGCUGCAGAUCGGGCGCGGCGAGGCCGACGGCUCGUCCAACCACAGCGCCGACAGCAUCGACUUCUUCAGCGCCAGGGAGAAGUUUCUGGGCCUGGCCCAAGAUGGCGGGUCCCGGACACUUUCUGAGCAGGCACAGCAAAGGGCACCUCUGUCGGAAAACGAAGAGGAAGAGGAGGAAAGCUAUGCGAGUAGUCAGGCGUCUCCGCAGUCUGAUGACGGCGUCGACAAAGCCAGCCCUGACCGCACCCCUCACGACAACGGCAUAUCAGUCCGCCAUAUUGUCACAGAGAUUGAAGCCAUAUGCCACCCUGCCUCCUGCCUCCCCGCCCCCCCCUCUUCGUCCCUCCCCGCGUCCUCCCACAGCCCUCAGCUCAUCCGAUCGGAUCACCAGACGGAGGCCGAGGCCCCCGAAGCCACGCACGGCUCUCUAACGCCACCCUCCCACCCGCAGUCUCCCUCCAUGCUGCCGUGCGACUGGCCGGCGGGCUCGGUGCGGCGAGCCGCCGAGCAGCUGGAGCAGAAGCUGAAGCAGGAAAUGGAGACGGCGGCGCCUCAGCGGUCGCCGCUGCAUUCCCCCAGCGGCGAGCAGCCUCCGGUCAGACUGUGCCCGUGUCCCCCGAGCACUGAACAUCCUCCCCUCGACUCGCCUCAGGACUGCACGGAACAAUGGAUCACUCGGGGAGAGGUCGCGGCCGACUCUGCCAAAUCCAAAGACGAAGAAAAGCACACGGGGUCACAGGCAGAGCGCGGCUCCUCAGGGACGGACAACCUUCCAGACCCUUCAUGCUCCCCCGACUCAAAUAUCAGCCGAGUCUCUGGUGCUAUACCCAUCGUUGUGCCCACUCCCAUAGACGGUCAUAUGCUCACGUCAUCACUGGCCUCUAGUCUGUUGGAAGAAGCAUCUCUAGAUACCUCAGCCCAGUCCCAAAGACGAAGCCAAAUCCAGCCACUUCAGACCCAGGACGCCUCACACCAGAUGACUCUGGAGGGGGCGACAGCGCAAGAGUCCGACACAGACGAGCGGAUGGAAUCCAGCUCUCAGGGCGGGCGGGGGGGCUGCGGCCCCAGCUGUGACGCCGAGAGCAGGCUGGCUCGCGGCAGCCAGGAGCUGGAGAGGAUUCAGCAGACACUCAGAGAGCUGCAGGCCUUCCUCCACGAGGGCGUCGGCCUGGAGAUGACGGACAGCCAAGACCAGGGACCGGGGCAACCUCAGGGGCUGAGAGACGUCAUGGACACGGAGCCGGAACCUUGUAAAGGGUCCAGUUCUGAGCAGACCCCUCAAGGCCUGGAAGUAGGGCAUCGGCGGCGAGAGAGACAAGAGGGCCAGAGUUUCCUGGAGCCCAUCGUGUGGCACAGAGCCAUGGAGCUUGAGGCCCGCAUCCGCCAUGCCGGCCUCACCCCCCCUUCCCUCAUGAAGAGGUCGGCCUCCUUAGCGAAACUGGACUGUCUGGAGCUGUCGGCCAAUGACCUCAGCGACUUGGACCUGAGGACACACACCAGGGCGACGUCGUCACAUUCCCAGGACUCCUUCUCCGCGUCCACAUCUCACCCCGACGACACCUGGAAGAAGCAGAAAGUGUUGGCUCGCAGCACUCCUGUCGAGCGGACCGGCUUGUCCCGCGGGGAGUUUGCCUCGUCAUCCUCGUCACCCUCCCUCUCCCACUGUAGUCCCAAAGACGACACGGGGGAGAGGGAGGAGCCGGACGGCGGCGGUAGCGGCGCGGUCGCCCCGGCGCGUCAGCAGGGGCCCAGGGGACACUCGGCGAGACGAUCUCGCAAAGGCUCCGCUGAGAAGAAGCAGCGAGCUGUCACCGUGCUAUACAAUACCAUGUAACCUCAGCGCAACGGACUGGAGCGGGCGCCACUGGAGCCGUGCAGAUGUGCGAGCGGGGCCGCGUGAUGCGUAUGAAUGUGUAGCAGGAAAACUGGAGACCUCGUGUAACCUCCCGACGUUCGUGUAAGAAUUGAACUACACACAUUUUGUUUGCAUGUGAACCACUGGAUGUGUUAUUUCAACAGGAGUUCAGGUUUGUAUGUACAGUAAUGAAAUCUGAAUGUGCAAAUGAAGACUGAACCAGUGCAUACUUUAUGUACUCCCUCUCUCUCUCUUUUUUAAGACGCGUUUGUUUUCAGUGUUUGACCCUCACUGCCUGUUCAGAGUUUGUACAACAACGAGAGGGGCUUUUUCUCCAAACAUGCACUUUACUGUUUCAAUGAUUUGAACUCUGUUUCUUACAACGAGGAGGAUUAUUUUUGCACUGAUCUCGGUCGACCAGUCUUUGUAUGCGUGUUUUUUUUGGGGGGGGGUUUUGUUGUUGUUUGUUGUUGUUGUGCACAGACGUGUCUGUCUUCAGAUUUUAAUUGAACCAGGACAAAAGCUGAUACCUUGUUUUGUUUUUUUAUUCUAUGCUUCAGCAGUAAAUAAACAUGUUGAGUUUGUUUUGA